AUGAAAACAGGAAACAGAUGCCCGGUCGCGGGUCCCUCCAGCCCGCAGUCCGUCACCUCGGACUCCGGCUGGACCAGCCCUAAGUGCGGCCCCCAGGCCCCGCAGAGGGUCCGCAGGCCGCUCAAUGCCUUCAUCAUCUGGACCAAAGAGGAACGCAGACGGCUGGCGCAGCUCAACCCUGACCUGGAGAACACCGACCUCAGCAAAAUAUUAGGAAAGACGUGGAAGUCCAUGUCCCUGGCGGAGAAGCGUCCGUACAUGCAGGAGGCGGAGCGUCUGCGCGUGCAGCACACCAUCGACCAUCCCGAUUACAAGUACCGCCCUCGCAGGAGGAAGCAGCCCAAGAAGACCGGCAAGCAGGUGGGCGACCCCCCGGCGCCUCACCUCCCGUCCUCGAGCUUCAGUGUGACGUACAACCUGACCUGCCUGCUCCAGAACCAACAGCAGAACUUCCACAACGCCUUCCCACACACCCCUGUGGCCUUUGCCCCCUUGCACGGGGCCUACCCCAGCACGUCCCUGUGCGAGGACACUCCAGCAGCAGCAGACGCUUACUCACACAGGCCUGCCAUGUUCCAGAACCCACCCACUCACCCGACAGAACCUCACCUGUGUUUGGACCAGCAGGGACACCUUCAGUACGGGCUCUCCGGGCAGGCCGGGCCUCAUGCGGAUCAGGCGGAGCCAAGGUUCUACGGGGGUCCCUCGCUGGAGUUCUACCUGGAGCAGGUGCAGCUGGACAUGCUGUACGAUCUGGACCGCAGCGAGUUUGAACAGUACUUGGGUCCGGGUCCCCACAGGCCUGACUCAGCGGAUCCUUGCAGCUACCACAGAGAGGAACGCUUGUUGUCGUGA